UCGCGUGAAUCGCAGCGAUAAGCCCGGGGCCAUGCAAUGGUCCUGGACACUGGUAUAGAUGACCAUUCCACGUGAACAUCAAAUAAAUUGAGACAUGUCGACAAACGAUGAAGGGUUCAAGAUAGCAGUCGAGGAGGCGAGGAAGAGCCUUCGCGAGGGAGGCAUCCCCAUUGGGGCUUGUCUGGUCUCAGCUGACGGCAAGAUCAUUGGACAGGGCCAUAAUGCUAGGAUUCAACGGAAUAGUGCAAUACUACACGGCGAGAUGUCCGCACUAGAAUCUGCCGGACGCCUGCCGGCUUCUGCAUAUAGAGGCGCUACCAUGUACACUACCCUUUCGCCCUGCGAUAUGUGCUCCGGAGCAUGCAUUUUGUACAAAGUUGCACGUGUUGUGCUCGGCGAGAACAACACCUUCCUUGGCGGCGAGGACUAUCUGAGGCAGCGUGGCAUUGAGGUUAUCAAUCUCAAUCAUCCUGAGUGCAAGGACAUGAUGACGGACUUCAUAGCGAAGCAUCCCGAUGAUUGGUUCGAAGAUAUUGGUGAAUGUUAAAGCAUCCUGAGAGAUGCGCAUCAUGCCAGUCAUUCCUACCAGUCGUUAUGAAGGAGAAGAUUUCGCUCGUGCAUUUUUGCUUCGGCUUGUUCCAUGUCAUCCCUGGCUGUUGUGCUGACGUCCAAGUACUCGCCUGUAGUCUAGUUGGUUCAAGUCUGAGUAAAGGUCAGACAUUGAUUAGAUACCUGAAAUGCGGUGAAUUUCUUCAAAGUA